GAUAAUGAAGAGACAUAGCUCUUUUGGCAAAGAAGUGGAAUUCGCCGCGAGACCCAGCACAGAUGUGGAACUCCAAGUGGUGUAUAAGGAAGAGUUGGAAUACCCGCCCUGGUACUGCAAAGAGCGCCUCUUCCAGUAUCUCCACUCGGCGCCCGAGGACCCUGUCUGGAAUGGCUUCAUCUGCAUCCUGGUGCUCGCAGCCAUCGUCUGGGUCGUCAUAGAGGAGACCCAUCGCUAUGUGGAGAUCGCUGAUCUCAUGUACAACUUUAUCUAUGGAGCGCACGUACUUGGCAUCGCGUAUAAUACUUUCGUGACGACAGAACAUUCUGAAGUUGAUAUGUGGAUCUUGUGGGAUUUGAACGGCUACAAUCUGAACGGCAGCAUUCUCGGCACCUCGCUGAAAUACAUUUACAUAUUUGCCGUGUUGCGGAUCAGUUGGGCGUGCAUUUGGUUGCAACUCGACGAGUAUGAAAACAACAAGGGCCAACAAGAAUUCAGAGCUCUGAAGUUCGUCCAGAAUUACCAGGAGUUGACCAGAGACACGGAGUCCGUGCAGUCCAAGUUCCUGUCAGCCAUAUACAUUGUGAACAAGAUGUUUAUACCUAUCGGACCAUCAGUGCCUCCAGCCAAUGACAUAGAGCGUCUGAUAUGCCUGAUGAUAAUGAUAAGUGGUUGCCUGGUGGUGACGGGUGCGGCCGUCGCGUCGCUCUCCCUCGUCAUCAGCAUUUACAUGAGGCCGGAGGAAGCAUUCCGCGCUAGGUACAGACUCAUCAUGAAGGAAAUGAGCGAGACCAACGUGCCGCCCAGUCUCCGGCAAAAGGUGGAGACGUUCUACAAGAUGUACUGGCACAAACAGCGGGCUGUCUCCGAGGCGCAGUUGCUGAAGACGUUCCCGCCGACGCUGCCGACCCUCAUCUUCACCGACAUCUACUUCGAGGCCACACAGCGGAAUCGCAUUCUGUGCGAUCUCCGGUUUGAGUUCCUGUGCGAGUUGGCCAAGAAGAUGACCACCAUCAACUACAUCCCUGGUGACGUCAUCAUCAAAAGGAACACGACGAAGUCGUCCAUCAUUUUUAUCACCUACGGAGACGUUGAGAUGGUAACAGCCGAGGACGAUAGCACGCCCAUCCUCCGCAUGACCCGAGGUACCGUGCUGUCUCCGUGCGCCGGUGGCGUGGUGGCCGCCUGCGCCAGGUCCCACGUGAUGAUCAGAGCGGCUUCGUUCUGCACAGCGCAUGUGCUGCAUGUCGCAGAUCUGUGGCGAGUGGCACUGAAGUACGGGAAGACCAAUUAUCAGUCCGAAGCCAUCUUGGAAGCGUUUUAUAAUCACUUCGAUAAAGUCAAAACGCAUUACAACACGAAGUUUCGUGAAGAAGCCAAAUAUAAAAGCAGCAUUCUAAGCUUCAAGAACAACCUGAGGGUACUGAAGCAAACGACUGACGCCCAGGGCAACCUGAUUCUCGAUCAUCCCGAAAUAUUCCUGGAGAUUGCUAGCAGUUACAUCAUGAGGAAUCGUACAGAUUCGUCAACGGACGAAUCGGACGCGAUCUGCCUCAAAUCUACAUUCCCCUGCAUUCUCCAGCCGGACUCCUCAAUGCAAGUGGCCUGGCAGAUCGUGGUGUCGCUGUGCACUGUGGUUGCCGCCGUGGUGAUCCCUUAUUACGUGGUGUUCGUCGCGACGUGGCCCAUAGAGUUCGAGCUGUUUCGCAACUUUAUUGACGUCAUCAACAUCAUCGACGUCAUCGUGCACUUGUCCACGGGCGCUAAUGUUGAGGAAGGUGUACCUAUAAACUUCAUGCAGACGUCCUCUCAACAAAUGCGUAGCAUAUGGUUUAUUCUGGAUGUGGCGGCCAUUUUGCCCAUUUUCUUCUUUAUUGGCGAUGGUCAGUUCAACGGGAUAAACAAGCUGUUGAAGAUCCCCAAGGUAUUCCGCAACCUCAAAUCGUUGGAAGAGUUGUGUGUGUACAGCAGUAACAAGAUGCGGCUGAUCUCCUUCACUCUGCUGACGCUUAUCGCCUGCUACCUCAUAGCCACCCUGCAGCAAGGGUUCAUGUGUUUUCAAUUCGGCCACUGCUUAGUGAAAAACUACACGCACUCCCCUUACUGGCAUAAGGAACCUCUGGACGAUGACACGGUGGAAGCAAGACUGACUUUUGGGCUCUACUGGGCCAUCUCAAUCAUGACCUUUACCACGCAUAUGGAAAUGUUCAAACUGAGUAAAUGGGACAACGUAAUCUACACCGUGCUCCUGCUAGAGAUUUGUAUCGUGAUGCAUAUCUUCAUCGAAGCCGUCUACUCGGCCACCAUCAUGGUCACCACCUUCCUCAGAGAUGACUAUGACUCCACCAUUUCGAACGUUAAGAACUUUCUGAUCAGGAAUGAUGUAGACCCUCAGAUGAGGAAGCGGUUCAUCACCUAUUUAGAACUUUGUUGGUAUACUGAUAAGGCAUACUCCAUGACAAACAAGAAGAAAUCAAUAUUUCACGACCUCCCUCCUCACGUUUAUCAAGAGAUAGUUUCGAGAAAACGCAGCAAAUACAUACUCAAUAUACCAUUUAUGAAACUUCUGUCCAGAGCUGACCUGAAGACCAUAUCGUCCACGGCACGCUUGUUCUACACGUCUCCCAACGAAAUACUGAUGAACACGGGUGACAUCACCAAUGAGAUGUUUGUCAUCAAGCAGGGUAUGUGUGAAGUCAUAAACCCAGACACAAGAGAAGUGGUCGCAGUGCUCAGCGCGAAAGGUCACUUCGGCGUUGCGGAGUGUAUGUUACGUACGUUUCGUUUUAGGCACAUGUUCAAUCCCCAAGGUCUCCCGGUGUUCUACACGGUGCGUGCCGUCACCCACGUCCAGUUGUUCUCUAUCUCCAAGAAGAAUAUGGGCAAGCUGAUAGACAUACCGCAGAUCAAGUACGCGAUCAAAUACGCCCGAUCUUUGCCUGAGUACAGGAACCUGCAGUAUCGCCGGGACGCGUUCUUGUAUUUCGAGCCGCCUGCGCCCGCGCCGAACCGGGAGAAAUUCCGCCUCCCCAAGAAGUACGAGCAGGACACCGCCUUCCUGCAACCAUUCACCAGACUGGGAUUCCUCGCUGUGCUUAAAUACGUAUUCCCUCGGUUCACGAUCCGCCCCGACGGCAAGUAUCUUCAGAGGUAUGAGUGGUUCCGCGGCGCGUGCGCAAUGCUCACCGCCAUGGUCUGCCCGUGCUACACCUACCUGGUGCUCCAGUGGCCGGGACUCUAUCACUUCAUGACGUUACUUGACAUGGCGGCUUAUUUCGAUAUUGUUCAACGCUUGCUAAUCGGGUACUACAAUGACAUGGGCAUCCUGGUGUAUCACCCGGCCGCCACCUCCGCCUACUACCUCAAGGGGCCCUUCAUCGUGGACCUGCUCGCCUGCGUUCCCUUGGAGUUCCUGGAGACCGAAAUGAAAGUGUACAGAUUGAAUUCGAUCCGUCAGAUGCUGAUGAUGAACCGGCUCCUCCAAAUGUACCGGCUGCCAAGCGCCAUUAAGAGCCUCACCGGUUACAUUGAGAGGAGGGAUAUACAUUUAGUAAUUCAUGCAAUACCUUACUUCAUCACUCUUCUGAACGUCUUGACCUGCUUCGUCAUCUUCGCCUCAACAGAUAUCUACUAUACUCAAGAGGGCACGAAUGCAUGGAAAAUUAGACCUUAUAGAGACUCAGGUGGAUCUUUCAAUAUGCGGGGAACCCCAUGGAAUCUCCACCUGGCGACUUACUUCUGGGUGGUGUAUGUGACCACCACCACCGGCUACGGCAGCUUCCAUCCCACCAACUUUAUCCUCAUGAAGAUCUUCUUCAUCGGAAUGGUUAUUGGAACGAUGGUGAUCACGUAUUUCUCCGUGUGCAUCAUCAGCAUCCGCGCCAACGUCAACAAGGAGCUGGCGGGGUUCCAGGAGGACCUGAGGGACAUCAUCAACUUCAUGCGCAAGGAAGAGUUGGAUAAGGAUUUGCAAAAAGAGGUGCUUGAUUAUUACGAAUACAACUGGGACAAGAUGGGCGGCGUGGACUACAACAAAGUGUUGAAACUCUGCGGCCAGAUGACGUUGAGAACAGACGCCAUUCUGCACAUAUAUGGAUCCACUUUCGCUAAGUGUCCAUUCCUGUCGAAAUGCGACAUAUCACUUCUCCGUGUCCUUGGCCGUGAGGUGAAGAGUAUCUACCUUCUUCGGGGCAUGAACAUCAUCGAGGCUGAUGACGUGAUCUCGGACUUGUAUUUUCUGGUCUAUGGCAAGGUCCAAGUCAGGAUCUUCUACGACGACUGCAGCGUUAUGCACAAGUUGUCUAAGGGCAGCGUGUUUGGCAAUCUGGACCAGUUGACGAUGGUGCGAAGUCAGUCCACGAUCGUGACCCAGACCAGAGUCCACGUGCUGCAGAUCAAGACAUACAACUUCCAGCGGACCCUGGCCGACUUUCCGGAGGUGCAGAAACUGAUGGUCAAGUGUCGAGGAGAUAAUGAGAACUUUAUCCCCGGUAGCGCAAAUCUGCGAGGCCCAAGAGACCGCAGAAGUACCAUCGGCAUGAGAGAGCGCCGGAGCACCUACGGCAACAUGUUCUUCAAAAGCCGCCGUGGUCUCAUCAAACACCUCUACUUUAAGGACAAAUACAUUCAAAUUUACCUCAUCGUCGUGUCCCUCGCCUGCGUCUACCUCGACGUUUACAAUGCUGGCUUCCAAAACAACUCGAUCCAGCUCAUCAUCGUGUUGUACGCGUUGGAUGUCGCGUUCUUGGUCAAAGUGCUGAUUCAGUAUUCUUUGCCGUAUAUUGUGGACGCUGAUAAUCUGAAGAAGAUGACAGUAUACAAAUGCCUGGUCCGUCACCACGAGCGGCUGAACAUCAACCUGACCGUCACCACAGUCUUCACCGUGGUCAUCUGGUUCUCCCUCUUCAUCCACACGUCCACCUGUCUCUGGUACUUCAUCGGUGUAAUGGAGGACGCGAAGAGACCACAAUCCUCGUGGAUUUAUAGCAGAAACAACGGGACAUUGUGCAGCAACCUGUACGUGUGCUCAAUGUACUUCGUGCUGACCACCUUCACCCAGAACGGGGUCGGUGACAUCAUGCCCAAGAACCAUUCGGAGGUGGUGUUUGUAUGCAUCUUCCAAAUAAUAUCAGUGAUGGUGUACAUGGUGUACGUGGGCGAGUUCUCCAACAUCAUCCAGUACCAAUCCUUCAGGAAUUUCGGCUUCUACUGCAAGUUCCUGGAGCUAAAGCAUUUCCUUGCAAACAACCGCGUCUCCAAGAACCUGGUGAACACGGUGAACCAUUACUCCCUCCACCUGUGGAGGGAGGCGCGCGGCCUGCAGGUGCCACAUUUCCUGGAGACUGCACCCCCCGCGCUGAAGCUGAAGGUGAUGGCCGCUGCUUACAUGACGCAUCUCAACCAUCACAUCGUGUUUGAAGCCUGCGAGCGCGCAUUCCUGCGACAGCUGGUUGGGAAAUUGAAAAUGUAUUAUUACAAUCGCAAUAUGUUCAUCGUGAAGGAAGGCGAGAUCACCGACACCAUAUACAUUGUCCACACCGGCAAGGUCAGGGAGACCUCGUCGAGAUCCACCACAAUCAGGAGCAUCAUUGCUGGUGGCAGUUUCGGACUGGUGGAAGGCUUAUAUCCCAACACGCCAUUCAAGUGCUCUUAUCAAUCGGUACUGAAGAGCCAAAUUCUGACGCUUGCAUAUGAAGACUGGAAUUUCCUGCUAACACACUUUCCUAAUAGCGCUGAUUCUAUUUACGACCAUUUAGAUUUCGAUGACGAUUCUGGUCAACCUUACGAAAGACCAACAUUUCAUCAAGUCAGAAAAACAUCUAUCCCCUGGGCGCACGCUGACUUUGCGCCUGUCCCUCCAGGAGCAGGUGGACCACCAGGUUUCCCUCCAAGUAGCCCACCAGGUGCUUUGUCUGAAGACGCUGCACCUGAACCUUCAGAACUUAACAGACAAGAGACAGAGCUUCCGAGAACAUUAAAGAAAACGUCUGAUUCACAAUCUGAGUUUGAAUUGACUAAUAUUUCACUCACCGACAGACUUGAUGGUGAAGCAAUGCAGGAGCUACCUAGAACUGGAGAAAGUUUGGCAACUAUAAAAAAUGCUGACAGUUCUGACGAUACAUCGCCUUCAGGAACCAGUGGAAUGUCAGAAAGUGGGCCAGAAAGUGAAGAUUUAGAAGCUAUGAAGCUUAGUAGAGAAGAGUCCUUUAGAGAUAGUCUCUUUCAGGAUAAUAAAAACAAAGAAGAAGGUUUGAAUAAAGAAUCUCCAUCGGAUAGAGAAACAACAGUUAAGGAUGAAACUAAAUAUAAUGAUAACGAAGAUGCUUUAUCAUCGUUUUCUAUUGAUAAAAAUCUUUUAGAUUCAGAAGCGCAAGUAACCUCCACCACACUCAUCAACGUAUUAAAAUCGCGACAUACUGAACAUGUCCCAUCAGAACUAAAACUUUCCCAGUCUGCAGCAAUAUUAAACCCGGAACCAGAAAUAUCUACCACUUCAGACCAAGCAGACCACUCUGGAGCCAGUAAAGAUGAGAAGAAAUUACUCCAAACAUUGGUUGAUUUUGAUGUGGAAGAUUAUGAUGGUAUUGAUGAUAGUGACCACAAAGAUAAUGCAGCUAUUCGUUUGAAUAGGCGGUCUGUUCAUGUUCGUUAUAAAGACGAAAAGUCUUUACUUCAAGGUGUACCCUUGCAACCUGAAGAUGCCCAAGAUCAUGAACAACCAUCAACUUCAUCUGAAAAUAAAAAUAAAAACGUAGAUAAAAAGAAAGAUUCAGAGAAAAAGUGA